UUUGCCUUAUUGAUCAUUCUGUUUCUGGCUAUAAUGCUGAUAAUGAAUUUAAUAAUUUAGAUAAUGAUGAUUUGAUAGCAGAUAAUUCUUCGGACAAAAGCCCUCUUAACUUUGAUCCUGCAAAAAUUAUUAGAUCUA